GUCCACCUGCCUGCCUCCUUGGGCAGCGAGGGCUGGGGCCCACCGCCCAGCCUGACUCUUUUCUUUGGUCAGGUCAGAGACGCUGAGGGUGACGUCCGAAAGGGGCAGAACGAAAAGGAGGAGAAAGAGAAAGAGGACAAGGAGGUGGCAGCAGGGGCCUGGGGGGGUGAGGAGGCUCCGUGCUCUCCCAGGGCUCUGCUGUCCCUGAGGAGGAAGGCCUGGAACCCGGGCCCCACGAAGAGCAAGCUGGAGUUGCACCCACUUCUGAACAGGUGGGCUUUGUGGUUCUUCAAGAAUGACCACAGCCGGGCCUGGCAGGACAACCUGCAGCUGGUCACCAAGUUUGACACCGUGGAGGACUUCUGGGCGAUGUACAGUAACAUUCAGCUGGCCAGUAAGCUCUCUUGCGGCUGCGACUACGCCCUGUUCAAGGACGGCAUUGAGCCCAUGUGGGAAGACAGCAGGAAUAAGCGGGGUGGCCGCUGGCUGGUCAGCCUCGCCAAGCAGCAGCGCCACAGCGAGCUGGACCACCUGUGGCUGGAGACACUACUGUGUCUGAUCGGGGAGAGCUUUGAGGAGCACAGCCAGGACGUUUGUGGGGCUGUCAUCAACAUCCGAACCAAGAGGGACAAAAUUGCCGUGUGGACGAGGGAGGCAGAGAACCAGGAGGGCGUGCUGCACAUUGGGCGUGUCUACAAAGAGCGCCUGGGCCUCUCCACAAAGACCGUCAUUGGGUACCAGGCUCACGCAGACACGGCCACCAAGAGUAACUCCCUAGCCAAGAACAAAUUUGUGGUGUGAGGGGACCCUGGCACCACUGCCCAUUUGGCUGCCCCUGAGCUUUCCACUGCUGUGUGUGUGUGUGUGGGGGGGUGGUGCUGGGCUGAGGGCAGACGGCAUGGUUUUCACCUAUCUUGGAGUGUAUAUGAACACUCUUUAAUGUGAGUUGGGGCCCAGGCCUAGGGGCAGCUCGGGUGGGUAGGGGCAACCUGAGGGCCAGGGCAGCGCAAAGGUGGCCUUGUU